AUGAAUGUAGAUAAUUUUGAUGAGGGGAUAUCGAAUAAUGUGGAAUUUGAUAUCGCACAACUUCCAACUGAUCCUGAACAAGUUCUGGAAAGCAAGGUGGAGUCAAAACAAGCAAGAAGUGUAUAUGUUAUCCGUCUUAAUGCAUCCAUUGAUCAUGUUCGAAUUCUAUUGCAACAAGGGCACACAUUUUGGGGUCAUGAUGAAUCUGAGGAUUCUCUCAAUCCAGUAAGUGCUUGUGUUGUUGAAAUGAUCAAUGUUGUUAUCAAAGAUAUUGGCGAUUCACCAUUUUCUAUUCUAGUUGAUGAAUCUCGUGAUGUGUCAAUAAAGGAGCAGAUGCCUAUUGUAUUAUGUUAUGCAGAUAAUAUUGGACAUGUCAAUGAACGCUUCAUAGGUAUUGAACAUGUUACAAGUACUACGGCUCUAUCACUUAAGACUGCAAUUGAUAAGGUAUUUUCUAGAUAUAAUUUAAGCAUGUCUAAAUUGAGAGGACAAGGUUAUGAUGGAGCAAAUGUACUUGCAAUGAUUGUUGAAGUGGAAUCUUGUUCUAGUGAUCAAAGAUCUAAUGCAACAAAUUUAUCAGAGUCGGUACAAACAUUUGAUUUUAAAUUUAAUCUACAGUUGAUGAGAAGUGUCUUGGGGAUGUCAAAUGAACUAUUAAAGGCAUUACAAAUGAUUGAUCAAGAUAUUGUGAAUGCAAUGCAAUUGAUGAGAUUGUGCAAACGAUGA